GAGAAAACUCUCCUAAGAGUUAUACUGACAGAAGGGGACAUAAGGAAGGUCUCCCUGGCCAAGAAGCCUGAUUCAGUUGACAGCUUGGUUGUUGCUUUAAAAGAGAGUUUGGGGCUUAAUUAUAACUUUUCGCUUCAGUAUGAAGAUCAGGACUUUGGGAAUGCACUUUGCAACCUAACAGACAUAUCAGAGCUUCAAGAUAGAGCUACACUGAAAAUCAUUCCUAUAAUUGAACUAGUACCAUUUAAUCAAGAGGAAGUACUGGAUGACUCUGCAAGUACAGCCGACACAGAGACACUUUCUACCUCAUCACAGGAAAGGAAAACACAAUGGCCAAAAGAAUUUGAGAUCCCUUCCUUCACAGUUGAUGUUGAAUACCGCCUGCGACAGGGCAACCUGGCCUACCUCAAGGACAGCACAUACCUCAAACUGACCAAAGAACUAAAGCAUGACAUCCUGGAAAAACUGGCUGAAACCAUGUUCAGCUUCAAAGCCUAUCCAACAAAUGAUGACUAUGCUCAGGUUGCUGCUGCUCUGGUAAAUAAGCAUCCAUGUCUUCUGGAAAGUGGUUCAUCUACUGGGUAUGGGGGGUGGAAGAACAGUCUAAAAUUCAAAAUGGGGAAUUUUAGAUCCAAGAUGAGAAACUUGGGAUACCCUGAUGUAACCAUUAAUGGAGGAAGGAGAGGUAUGAACAACCCUGAAGGAAUCCCGUCAAGAAAACACAUAAAAAAGCCAAAGAAAUGUGAAAUCAACUUUCUGCCAAACUUUCCAGGGUUUAAGAUCAAUUUAUAA